AUGUCUGCACCAUGGAUAUGCACUCGAUGCAUUCGCCGCCUUGCCCCGUCUGUCACUGGACAGUUGCGACGGCAAUGGCGUGGCCAGAGUACAGCAACAGCGACAACAAAGGAUAGCAUCUCGCCGGCAUUGCUGUCCAGAGCUCGAGCAGUCGCAGCCGAACAUGCCUCCCUCAUCCAGAAACUCGCCACGGACUUCGAUGCACGUACGGCGAAAAGGGUGGGCGAGUUGUCGCGUACCGUGGCCGCGAUCCAGGAUUAUGACACCGCGCAGAAUUCGCUGCACGAACUGCAUUCAUUGCUCAAAUCAUCGGAUAAGGAGCUGAAGGAACUGGCGGAGGAGGAUAUUGCGCCCACGCAAGAACAGUUGCAGCAGGCGUCGGAGGCACUGAAGUCGAGCUUGAUUCCAGUGCAUCCUUUCGCCCACCUUCCCUGUCUGUUGGAGAUACGGCCGGGAGCGGGAGGCGAUGAAGCUGCUCUAUUUGCGGGCGAUCUGCUGCGCAUGUACACCAACUAUUGUGAUCGAAAUGGUCUGCGUACCGCGUUGCUCAAAUUUGAGACCGCCGACUAUAGCGCCUCCGGAGCCGGCUCGCCAGGCGGUACGCACCUUCAGGAAGCUGUCCUCGAAGUCGACUCUCCUGGCGCCUACGGAAUCUUACGGUGCGAGGCUGGUGUACAUCGCGUACAGCGCGUGCCAGCAACUGAGAAACAAGGCCGGACCCAUACAUCUGCCGCCAGCGUACUAGUGCUUCCGGCCUUCCCCGACGAGGGAGGCGGUGAUCUGGGCGAGAGCAGCUUCGAUGACCCCAAAAGCGACUACUACGUCGAUCCGAAGGAGGUCAAGUCAGAAGUCAUGCGCGCUGGUGGUGCUGGUGGACAGCAUGUGAACAAGACUGAAUCUGCGGUGCGCCUCACGCAUGGACCUACGGGGGUUGUGGUCGCGAUGCAAGACACACGAAGUCAGAUCAAAAACAAAGAGAAAGCAUGGCGGCUACUACGGAGCAGGAUCGCGCAGAUCAGACGAGAAGAGCGCGAGGCAGAAAUAGUAAAAUUGAGGAGAGGUGCAGGAGCGGGCAAAGUGGGUCGGGAGAACAAGGUGCGAACAUACAACUGGGGCCAGCAGCGAGUGAGCGACCAUCGCAGCGGCAUCGACUCCAGGCAUCUGGACGAUGUGAUAGAAGGUGGAGAUGGUCUAGAAGAAGUCAUGGAGAGUGUACGAUCGUGGAUGACAGUGCAAGAGGUCUUGGGACUCGUAGCAGAAGAGGAGGCAAAAGCCAAGCAAAAGUGA